ACUUUAAACGUUUUUUUAAGGCAAAAUAUUACACCGUUUUACAGUAAUAACCUUCUGUUAUUUACACUUUUAAAACAUCAUAAAUCAGCACUGCACCAUUAAAUAAACACCAUUAAAAGUCCUCUAGUGAUGACGCAUGGUAUGAAACUGCACAUUGACCGAAUUAUACUGGAAAAAAAACAAACAAAACACUAGCUAACAAAUUAGCAACAGAGACACCGUAAAUAGUGCAAUUUAAUAUUUAAUGCCACCGAGUGCGUUUCAGGGCGGAGAUUUAGUGUAGGUUGUGUAGGAUGAAGCGGAUGAAGGGGGGCUUUUAUUUUGACAGGCGGUGAAACGGAGACCUGCUGCUUCACCCUGAGCAGAAAAACGGUGGAAAACAGACCAGCUGAAACCGGACGCCCUGUGAGCUGUAAAACCCGGAAUGGAUCACUUCCUGGAUUUUGAGGAUUGUAUCCGUGACUCUCCGGUUUUCAGGCUGUCUUUGGAGCGUCGUGAGAAUGAUCUCGAGGAGCUGGAGAGUCGCAUGGAGAAGGUGAUAAGGUCGUGUAAUAAGAUGGUGGAUGAUGGUCAGGUGUUUUGUUCAUCUAAUCAACUUUUCCUGUCUGCACUGUCUGAUCUCACCUCACAUCAUAAAAACAACACUGCUGUAGAGAACUGUCUGCAGCAGUUUAAUCAGGCGCUGCAGGAGAUGAUCCACUUUCAUACAAUUCUGCUUGACCAGACUCGGAGAGCGAUCACACAACAGCUCACAAAUCUAUUGACGCAGUUCCUCCCCCCUCUGCGUUCUGCUCGCUGUGAGUGUGUACGGAUCAGAGAUGAACUGAACACAGCACUGGUUAAGAACGCUCAGGUUCCACAAUACAAAGUGGCUGAAGCACAGCGACACACACACUUGCUGCUAGCAACGCGCAAGUGCUACACACACUGCAGCCUGGAUUACUGCCUACAGCUGAAUAACUUCUUCACUCAGCAGAAGCUGGACACGCUGAACUCAGUUUUCUCCUUUUUUCACGCACAAAACACGUUUUUUCAUCAGGGCUUUGAUCUGCUAAAAGAUCUGGAGCCCACCAUGAAGAUCAUGGCAGCCGAGCUCUCUGGACUCUCAUCUAAAUGUCUGAAGAGAAAGAAGAACCUGGAACAUCAGCACUUGCUUGUCCAGCAGAGAGAUGCCUGCGGGGAGCCUGUGCUGUUCAGUGGAGGAGCGAUUGAAGGAUAUCUUUUUAAACGCUCGCGGAGGAAAAAUAAAACGUGGAAGAGGUGUUGGUUUUCAGUGAAUCAUAAUCAGCUGAUUUACACCAAAUCUCACAAGGAGCAGCCACUUGUGCUGUUUGAUGAUCUCCGCUUGUGUGCUGUAAAAUCUCUGGACUCUAUCGAUCGUCGUUUCUGUUUUGAGCUGCUGUCUGUGCAGAAGAGUUGUGUUUUACAGGCAGAUACAGAGGAAUUAAAGAUGGUGUGGAUGAACGCAGUGCAGAGUCAUAUUGACAUGGCAUACAGAGACAGAGUACAGUCUGAACAUACACAGGUGAAGGAUGGAUCCCUUCCUGAUCCUACUUCCGCCCCCCUAUCUGGUCCUCUUAGCGCGGUUCUCCGUAGCCAUGGUAACCACCGCUGCUGUGACUGUGGGGAGGCAGAGCCUCGUUGGGCCAGUGUGAACCUCGGAAUCACGGUGUGCAUCGAGUGUUCUGGCAUCCAUAGGAGUCUCGGAGUACAUCUGUCUAAGGUUCGCUCUCUUACUCUGGAUUCAUGGGAUCCUGAACAGAUAAAGCUGUUGUGUGUUCUGGGUAAUGAUGUCAUCAAUGGAAUUUAUGAAUGUCACCUGUCUGAGAUGGAGAAAGCCAACCCUGGUAGCUCACGGCAGCAAAAGGAGUUGUAUAUCAGAAAGAAGUAUGUGGAGAGGAAGUUUGUUCAGGGAUGUGACCCUCAUCUCACUGAGACAGUUCAGCAGUGGGCGGGGCGAAGGCUAUAUGAUGCGGCAUUGUGCGGUGACAUUGUCUCCAUGGCUCUGGCUUUGGCUCAGGGAGGUGACGUCAACUGGACUAACACUGAAGGACGGACACCUCUGAUUGGUGCAGCACUUGGAGGAUCCUUGCUUGCGUGCGAAUUCCUUCUGCAAAAUGGUGCAAACGCCAAUCACAGAGACCAACAUGGACAUGCAGCCAUACACACGGCUACAACACGGGGACACACAGGGCAGGUGUGUCUCCUGUUGAAGAGAGGAGCCAAUCAGUACGCAGCAGAUGAAAAGGGAAAGGACCCCCUUAGUAUCGCCAUAGAAACGGCUCACGCUGACAUCGUGACUCUGUUGAGAAUGGCCCGUAUGAAUGAAGAAAUGAGAGAGUCUGAAGGAUUUUUUGGAUCAGUGGGAGACGAUGAAACAUUUCAGGAUAUUGUCCGUGAUUUCAGCAACAUGGCGUCUCAUGAUCCAGAGCAACUGAUGCGCAGACACUUCAGGGCUCAGGAUGAGUCGCAGGAAGAACGGACGGACGGAAAGACACCAGAGACGAGCGGAGGACAGGACGAGUGAGGUGUCCUGCCCCGAGUGGACCAGUUUAGCUGUAGUUCUGACUGAAGGUUUAGGUUUAGAGUUGAGUUUAGGGUCAUUAAUGAACUGAUAGAGUUCAGAGUAGAGUUUCAUCCGGUGACUGAAGCGGAUCAACAAGGGAUUACUAAAAAGAUGUAAAAUAACUGCUCUGAUCUCCUUAAACAAAGUGUCUAACAAGUUAAGGCACACAUUUGUUUGCAUUUUAUGCUCUUAUAUAUGUAUAUGUGUGUGUGUAUGUAUAUAUAUAUAUAUAUAUAUAUAUAUAUAUAUAUAUAUAUAUAUAUAUAUAUAUAUAUAUAUAUACAUAUGCACAUACUGUCCAGUUUAUUAGGAACACCACCAGAUUGGAUAACUGCAUGAAUGUGCAGCCGUUCCUAAUAAAGUGGGCAGCAGGUGUCUAUGUUCAUAUGUCGUCGUUAACCGUCGAUCGUAUUCGCUAAUCAUCACCACUGAUAAUCAUCACUGGUACUGAGUUUUAAACUAAUAUAAAUAUCACGUUACUGCCGUUCUCCAGUCUCACGUUAGACUCUAAUACCUUUUAUUUUUUAAUGGUACAUUAUUUUAUGUACGUCUACAUUUCAGUCGUCUAAAGCAAGUUUUUCAGUCUGUACUGCUGAGUUACGUAAUUCUGACCUCUCGGGUCUUAUUUCGUCUGCAGCGAUGAACGUCGAUCGAAACUUUACAUAUUUACAUUUAAAAAAAGAGAAAUGUUUGCUGCACGCUGUAAUCUUACGGCUACUGUAACAGACUGAUCCGGGAACAGCCUUUAUCCAAACACACGGAGUGACUCGGCUCCAGCCGAACACCGGAUCAGUAACGUUACACACAAUGUGUUGCUGUAUUUAACUUAAAUUUAACUUAAAGAUGUUCGUCUUUUAAUAUCGUGUUGCUCACCAGUUCGUAUCUGUGUAACGGACAUAUAACUCUACAGGUAUAUAAUAACACACUGAUGUAAUAAAAUGGAUCUCAUUCCUGAAA